GUGAACAUAAUAGACAGAUCACCAACUACUCAAAUAAUUCUCUUCUCUCAAUGCUACACUCCAAGCUCCAUUCAAUACCUGAUACCUCAAUCUACUCCCACCUUUUCCUAAACAAAUUUCUAUUGAUUAAAGGAUUAACCUAACCCAAAUGAAGAACGAUUCUUCACCGCCAGCUUCUUCUACUUCUACUUCUACAACAAGUUUAUCGAAGAAAGAUAGGCCCUUAUCUGCUUCUUUGUUUGGUAUUAGUGGUUACAAGUUCUGGGUUUUAUCUGCUAUCCUCCUCCUCGCCUUCUGGUCUAUGUUCACCGGCUCUGUUUCUCUCAAAUGGUCCUCCGGUAACCUUACCAGAUUCUCUGAUGACGUCGACUUCUCUAUCCACCGCGAUCUUGACAUCCUCGAAGUAGAGGAGAGAAAGAAGAUGGUGAGGCGAAUGUGGGAUGUGUACACGCAUGGCACUAAUGUUCGUUUGCCUCGUUUUUGGUCAGAGGCCUUUGAAGCUGCUUACGAGUACUUGACAAGUGAUGUUCCGGGUGUCCGAGACUUUGCCGUUUCGGAGAUUGCCAAGAUGUCCUUGCGUUCCCUCAAUCUUGACCCACUUCCAGUCUUGAAUCCACGAGUUUCAGACAAACAGGAAAUGAUGGGAAGGUAGCUGAUGAAAGCCAAGAGUAGCUAGAAAUACGAAGUGUGGAAACCUCUGAUUUCAACAUGAAGAUGGCAAAGCCGUCAAUUUUAUGCAAUCUAAUUAGGUUAAUUAUAUUCACAAUUGCAACCUUCUUGGCUGAAACUGAGGUUCUGGUCAAUUAAUCUGUUGUAUCUUAAUCUUAGCCCAGAGCGUUGCUUGUAAUGUAUGAAUAUCACAUUACCUUUUAAUAAGAAUUUACAAGAAUGUCUGACAA